UGUCAGAUUUUUCAUUGCUUUUAUAGAGAAAAGAAAUUUUCAGAGUCUUACGCCACGAGUUUUGUUGCUGAGUCCCUUGCUGUUUGUGACUUAACCCAGGGUUUAGCCAGAGCAACAAGGAAUAGCCCUUCAUAGUUAAAAUAAUUUCCUCAUUUAAUUGAAUCAGCUUUGCUGGGUGUGAAUACCUUAAAAUAGUAGAAACCUGAUGUAUAACAGACAUUCUAUUCAUUCUGCUUUUUGAAAUCUUAGUCUUAGCCAUAAAAUCUGAUAAUAUUCUGAAGUCAGUGGACCUACAUCAGGUUAACCUGAGUCUGGUUAAAUGACUAUGCUGUAUAUUAUUCUAUUGAGUUGCUACAACAUAAAGUCUAACCAGUCUUCAUAGUUGAACUUUUAGAUAUAUGAGUGUUUUUAGAUAUUAGCCUCUCCACAUUACUGUUCUUUUAUUUUACUGAAAUCAGAGAUUUGCUUUUGAUUAACAGUCAGACUUUAAAAGGUUCUCUGAGGGAACAAAACUUGAAAAGGUGAGACAGAGUAAAUAAUGUAGAGUAGUUUUGGGACACUCAAAUUAGUACUGGUCCUAAAAUAUAUCUGAACGUGGAAUGGAAUUCAGAACUCCAUGAGAAGGAGUUGGUGUCCAGAGUGUUGAUGUCACACAGCCUCUGGCCUGACAGGCACGGAAGUUGGAGCUGGACAGUGGCUGUCCACUCUGGUCACACUCUCACGGAGACGAUGUCUCUCCAAGCAAGCUGUUCAGACUUAGAUCUUAAUCACUCCUAAGAGGGACAGUUAGAACUCUAUCAAAUUCAAAGUUUGAGGAAUUCCUGAUAAGAUGUACCAUUCCCUAAAGUUUAUAUUAAUUAUAAUUUUUUUUUACUGCCGGCAUUCAUCAGGCAUGCAAGAAUUAGACGCUAACAAAGCUAAGUCUUCUACAGUCAACACGAUAAUUAUGUUCUGCAUUGGUGGCGGUAUCCUGGUGGCCAUUCUUGUGCUGAUGGGUGUUGUCAUCUGUCUUUACUACAAAAUAGCCGAUGCGUUGAGACCUCCAAAGGCACCCCUUUGUUUGGCCUUAAAGAGUAAUCCAGCCCUGCUCACUCAGGACAAGGUUGCUGCGGCUGCAGCCCUCACCGCUGGGUCCUAUCCCAACCUCCAGUGCUGUGACGAAUGUAACUUAUAUGCCGACUUUGAUAACCUGCCACCGUGCUUCUGUGACGUAAAUGAGGGACUCUGACUUGGGUGGGCACAAAUAUCUUCAUGCGCAGAAUUUCUUUUUUAGUAGAAGUAUUAUUCAAGUCAAAUUUUAUAAUGUUUACAUUAUGUAUUAUAGAACAUAUUUGUGUACUUUUGAAUAAAUGCAAUAUUGAAAAUAA